GUGCCGUUCCCAAAUUUGGCAUGCACAAUAGGAUCUGAAAAGCGAGUUAAGCAACAAAGUUAGUAUUAGAAAAAAGCACUUUACUUGUCGAAAUGUUGCGUCCAAACAGGCCCUUAAGGUUUAGACCGAGAUCGUGCUCGAAACGCACAGCAUAGAACGAUGGGAGACGGCGGUGGAAGCAACCGGUCGAACAGCAACAAGCCGGAGUGGCUGCAACAGUACGAUCUGAUCGGAAAGAUUGGCGAAGGCACCUACGGUCUCGUCUUCCUCGCUCGCAUCAAGUCUUCUACCAAUCGCGGAAAAUCCAUCGCUAUCAAAAAAUUCAAGCAAUCCAAAGACGGCGACGGUGUCUCUCCCACCGCCAUCCGUGAAAUCAUGUUACUGAGGGAGAUAACGCACGAGAAUGUGGUGAAGCUUGUGAAUGUUCACAUCAAUCAUGUGGACAUGUCUCUUUAUCUAGCUUUUGAUUACGCGGAACAUGACCUCUACGAAAUAAUAAGACAUCAUAGGGACAAAGUAAACCAAUCCAUUAACCAGUAUACUGUUAAAUCGUUACUCUGGCAGUUACUCAAUGGACUAAACUAUCUACACAGUAAUUGGAUAAUACAUCGGGACUUAAAGCCAUCAAAUAUAUUGGUUAUGGGUGAAGGGGAGGAACAUGGAGUUGUUAAAAUUGCUGACUUUGGACUUGCAAGGAUAUAUCAAGCACCUUUGAAGCCAUUAUCUGAUAAUGGGGUUGUUGUAACUAUUUGGUAUCGUGCUCCUGAGUUGCUUCUUGGAGCAAAACAUUAUACCAGUGCUGUUGACAUGUGGGCUGUGGGAUGCAUUUUUGCUGAGUUGCUGACCUUAAAGCCUCUAUUUCAAGGUGCAGAAGUCAAAGCAACACCAAAUCCCUUUCAGCUUGACCAACUUGACAAGAUAUUCAAGGUUUUAGGCCAUCCCACAUUAGAAAAGUGGCCUUCCUUAGCAAAUCUUCCCCAUUGGCAGCAAGAUACACAACAUAUACAAGCACACAAAUAUGACAACACUAGCCUCUAUAGUGUUGUACACCUAUCUCCAAAAAGUCCAGCAUUUGACCUCCUGUCAAAGAUGCUUGAAUAUGAUCCACGAAAGCGCAUAACAGCGGCCCAAGCUUUGGAGCACGAGUAUUUCAAAAUUGAACCAGUACCUGGGCGGAAUGCAUUUGUACCCUGCCAACCUGGAGAGACAUUUGUGAAUUAUCCCACACGUCCAGUGGAUACAACAACAGAUUUUGAAGGCACAACCAACAUGCAAUCUUCACAGCCGGUUUCGUCUGGAGCUGCAGUUUCUGGCAGCAUGCCUGGUGGUCAUGUAUCGAAUAGAUCUGUCCCUCGGCCAAUGAAUGUUGGUAGCAUGCAGAGAAUACCUCAUCAGGCAAUGCAAGCUUAUAAUCUCACAUCUCAGGCAGGGAUGGGUGGGGGUAUGAAUCCCGGUGGCAUCCCAAUGCAACGAGGUGUCCCACAACAACAGUUGAGAAGAAAAGACCAAAUGGGGAUGCCAGGAUACCCUCCACCGCAGAAAUCAAGACGUAUUUAAGGUUGUGCUGGUAGAGAUCAAGUGAAGAUAGAUGUGGUGUCACUAGGGAACUUGAGCUCAUUCAGGACAAUUCAUGAGCCCCCUAGUUCAGAUGGUUUGCCUCCAUGCUUGCGGACUCACUUUUUGUAUAUUCUAGGUUAGUUGCAUUGAGCUCAUUAUGAAGACUAGAAGAGUAUUGCUUAAACACUAAUGGAGCCCUUGGAUGGGAGUAAACGUAGGAGUAGGGUGAGCUACUGGAAACACAUGUAUAUAAUGCUUUAGCUGUACAUUUUUGUUGUACUCUGUGGCUGUUAGGAAAGAUAAAAUGUUAGCUAUCAUGUAGCUAUGUAUCAUGUAGGUUUUCGCCAAAAUGGAACUUUUAGUGACUAAACUAACAUGUAGCUAUGUUGUACUCAUUGUAGAAUAAUGCCUUAAUUUAAUGGAAGGAAGUUACACGUCACUUGUA